UCCAGUGUGCGCGUGCAGAACUCGGACUGCACUCGCGUCGUGACCGUGAGAGAAGGACGACAUGAGCUGUUCACUGAUAUCAGCAGACGUGACGGCCAAGUCGUGACGUGACCCGCACUUUGUUUUGUUUUGUUUGUUCGUUCACAGGCCGUCCCGCAUCAAAAUCCUGCGCCGCGCGCACACUUGCGGCACGAUGCUCGCGCUCACCUUCACCUGCCGCGCGCUGCUCGUCUCCCUCCUCUGUGGUUCGGUUCAGUCCGACAGAACAGCGCCCUUUUUGAUCACAGAGAACAUGUGGCCCCGUGGGUGUGUCCUGGACUGCCAGAGGGGGCGCCACAGAGCAGUGUGCGGCAGCAACGGCAGGUUGUACAAAUCACUGUGUGCCUUCCAGAGGGCUCAGUGCAUCAACACACAUCUACGGCUCGCUUCACGAGCACACUGCUCAGAUCUGAGUCCGACUCAGUCCAAGUGCCAGCUGGCUCGGGCUCAGGCCCUGGAGCCUAACGCCCGCAGCGGCGGCAGCCAUUUUAGCACGGCAGCUGCCACGUUUGUGCCAGAGUGUCACCCAGACGGUCACUUCCUUCCGGUGCAGUGCCACAACCAAACUGGGUACUGUUGGUGCUCCACACCAGACGGCAAACCUGUCAGUGGGACGUCAGUCCUUCAUCUGACUCCCAGCUGCACGGAUCAUAUCUUUGCUCGGAUGCCAGUCAAAGAUGAAGUUGGUGAACCUGCGGCUACAGUGGAACCCAGAAAAUCUGCAGAGCUCACAGCUCCUCCCAUCUGGGUGACCAUCCUCAUGAACUCCGUCAGACGACCCACUGACAGUCCUCAGACAUGUGAGCGCGAGCGUGCAUCACUCCUCUCACAGAUUUACCCGGUCUGGCAGGACCAGCGUUUUAUCCCAGUAUGCACUGCAGACGGCCGCUACAACCCCGUGCAGUGUUACAAUGCCACAGAUUACUGCUGGUGUGUCAGAGUGGACAGCGGCAGGCCACUGUCCGGCACCUCCGCAAGGAAUCGGGUCCCAGACUGCGCUGGUGCAGAGGAGGAUCCAGACAGAACAGUUCUUCCUGGGUGUCCUGGAGCUCGUAAGGAGCAGUUUCUACAGAGUCUGGUCAGAGCUCUGCAGCUGGAAGCAAAGCAUGCUGGGAGUCGGAGUCUCUUUCAGGCUUCAAACACACCAUCAAACACUUCCUCCUCCACAACACCUUCCUUAUCCUCCUCCUCCUCCUCACCUCUGAAUGCUGCUUCCUCUGCUGCUCAGGGCGCUGUAGACUCCUCGAGCCCAGAGAAGGUGCUGCAGUGGCAUUUCAGUCAGCUGGACGUGGACGUCAGUGGGGUGCUGAGCGAACGCGAGGCUCGUCCACUUCGUCAGUUCCUGCGGCGGAAGUUGAAGCCACGACGUUGUGCCAAAAAGUUUGCUCAGUACUGUGACAGGAAUGGAGACCGAGGCCUGACACUGGAGGAGCUCAGGGUCUGCCUGGGCCUCUGAGGUCAAAGUCACAAAGACAAAUCCACCGACGCCAGCUCGUGUCUUGAUCGACCACUUCACUGUUUAUCUGUCAGUGCUGUCAGUCAUUCCUCAUUCACACGGUCUUAUUCAAAGACCAAACCUGAUCCUCGUCCAUCAUCCUCUUGUCAUCACUGUGACACUCUCAGGACACUUGAACCCAUCGUUCUCUUAUUCGUUAUAGUAAAUGUAAAAACAUGUUCAUUUCCUGUCGACAUGAUAAACAAGUUUUUAGUAUUUAUUUGUCAUGUUCAACACAAGAAUGUUUGUUUACAUCGUCUCUUUUCUAUUACACGCACUCAUGUGUCUGUCACUUUCUUUCUUUCUUUCUUUCUUCCAUAAAUCAAUCGUCAUUCCCAUGUACAUUACUCUCCUUUAGUCCUACCUCCUUCCCUUAUUCCCUUCCUCCUCCUCCUUUUUGUCAUCCCUUCUUUCUAAUCUGUUUCAUUCACAGAUUUCUCAUUUUUGCAUGUUGCCAGGAUUGAUCACUUCUUUCAUUUUUACUUUAUUUAUGACACAGAUUCAGUCUGCGGUGCUUUUCCAGACACUUCAGGGUUUUCUUUGUUCUUAUUCUGACAGACGCUAAAAUAGUUUCAUUAAAAAAUGGUUUCAGUUAAA